UAUAAUUAGAGAGAGGGUAGCAUAAGAAAAUGUAUGGCCAGGAAACGGAGCGGAUCAACGAUAAGAAAACAUUACGUGGCAAAUAGAGCUGAGUAGCAGCUCCAAAUCCAGAUGCAGGCCACUCCCGCCCAUGGAGGUGGUCUCAUUUUCCUCCCGACCCGAAAAUCUCACCAACGCUCUGUUCCUCCCUCCCCUUUUCUCAUUCUCCCUCACCAGCUCCGCAGCUCUGCGCUGUCAAAACGGCCCAUCCUGCAUCCGCUCUAUCUCUGCCGGUCUGAUCGAUGGAACUCAAAUGCUGAGACCUUCAGAACCCGGAAUUUCAAGCUCAAAGAAGAAGACGAAGAAGAAGCAGGAGAAGGAGGAGGAGGCUUCUCGGAACCUGUUGACGAGCUUGUCGAUAGUAUCUGGAUUUUGAAGGACAUCAGGAGUACAUUUAAAAGUUCAAGUUAGUCUGCACUAUGGAGCGUAGAUCUUCAAGGCCUAUGGGUGGUUCUUUCCACCAAUUGCUGCGUCAUUACUGCUAGCAACUGGCCCCAAAGCUUUUCUUGUGGCCUUAGCUCUUCCAAUAGGGCAAUCAGUGUUUAUGUUUGCCCUUCAAAAACUAUGGGGCACUGCACAAAAUGAUCUUGGGCGCAAGAACAAGAAAAGACCCCAAAGACCCCAAAGACGCAGUCCAACAAUAAACAUUAAUGCGGGGAGAAGAGCCCGAAAGCGUAGCACUAGAAAAUCUGAUGUCUUCUCCAGUAGGAUUGACCAAGAUGAGUCUGCUUUUGGUGGUUGGGAUGAACUAGAGCAAGGAAAGGACUAUUAUAUGUCAGGCUCAUCUAUGGGUUCGCCUCAGCCAAGGACAUCCAUUGAGAAUGGCAAGUUGAGUAGGAGCACUGAGAGGGGGGAAAGCACUCCAUUGUUACUAAGGCUGUUGGUUUCCAUUUUUCCAUUCUUGAGUUCAUGGUCAAAGAAGCUAUAGUAGUUUUUCUUGCCAGUCACUGACACAGAAUCUGUUGCAUUGGUCUGCUUGCCUGUCUUUGGAUGGUCUGAUGAUUCCAUUGAUGGAGAGGUGAAGUUCUCUUUACCACUCAUCCAUUCAGAGCGCAAUGUGACCAGCCGCUAAUGCGAAAUGGUGAUGCAUUUCAGUCUAAAUACAACCAGUCGCUAAUGCUAAAUGCGACCUGGGAUUUAAAACUUCACACAUGCAUUGAAAGUAUGAUGUAAUGCAACCAGCGGCUAAUGCCUAAUGGUGAUGUAUUUCAGCCUAAAACCCAUAGAAUGUUAAAACUUAUGGGGUAAAGGCAGCCAGAGGUUUCUUAAACUUUUGUAGUAGUGUAUAAUCGAAGGACAAUAAAAUUGUGAUAUGUCAGUUUUUUUUGGAAAAAAAUAACUUAAUUAUCA